AUGUGUGGUAUACUUGGUAUUGCAUUGGCUGACGAAACUUGUCCCGUAGCUCCGGAGCUUUGCGAUGGUAGCAUUUUCUUACAGCAUAGAGGGCAGGAUGCAGCCGGUAUUGCCACCUGCGGUGCCCGUGGCAGAAUCUACCAGUGCAAAGGUAACGGGAUGGCCCGCGAUGUGUUUACCCAGCAGCGUGUUUCUGGUCUAGCUGGGUCCAUGGGUAUUGCUCAUCUGCGUUAUCCUACCGCGGGAUCGUCAGCUAACUCUGAAGCGCAGCCUUUCUAUGUUAACAGUCCGUAUGGUGUUAUGCUGGCACAUAAUGGUAACUUGGUGAACACUGUAUCCCUCCAGAGGUACAUGGAUGAGGAGGUUCAUCGCCAUAUCAACACGGACAGUGAUUCCGAACUGUUGUUGAACAUCUUUGCUGCCGAAUUGGAGAAACACAACAAGUACAGAGUCAACAACGAGGACGUUUUCCGCGCUCUUGAGGGAGUUUACCGUCUAGUCCGUGGUGGUUAUGCCUGUGUCGGUAUGCUGGCUGGAUUUGCGCUAUUCGGUUUCAGAGAUCCAAAUGGUAUCAGACCCUUGCUCUUUGGUGAGAGGGUAAACGAAAAUGGUACUAAAGAUUAUAUGCUAGCAUCAGAGAGUGUCGUUCUCAAGGCGCACAAUUUCACUACCUAUCGCGAUCUGAAGCCAGGUGAGGCUGUCAUAAUCCCUAAGAACUGCGAGAAGGGAGAGCCUGAAUUCAAACAAGUCGUUCCAAUGAACAGCCAUAGACCUGAUCUUUUCGAGUACGUGUAUUUCGCAAGGCCGGACAGUGUCCUUGAUGGGAUUUCUGUUUAUCAUACAAGACUACGGAUGGGUACCAAAUUGGCCGAGAAUAUUCUGAAGAGCUUGGGACCUGACGAGGUGGACGUUGUCGUUCCGGUGCCUGAUACAGCAAGGACCUGUGCGUUGCAAUGUGCCAAUGUUCUAGGAAAGCCAUAUCGUGAAGGUUUUGUGAAGAACAGGUACGUCGGGAGAACUUUCAUCAUGCCAAAUCAGAAAGAACGUGUGUCAUCGGUGAGACGUAAGUUGAACCCUAUGGAAUCUGAGUUCCAUGGCAAGAAAGUAUUAAUCGUCGACGACUCUAUUGUUAGAGGUACCACGUCGAAAGAGAUCGUUAACAUGGCAAAAGAAUCCGGUGCCACCAAGGUGUAUUUUGCUUCUGCAGCUCCCGCAAUUCGUUACAACCACAUCUAUGGUAUUGAUUUAACGGAUAACAAAAACUUAAUCGCAUACAAUAAAACGGAAGAGGAAGUGGCGGAGGCAAUAGGCUGUGACAAGGUCAUUUACCAAUCGCUGGAAGACUUGAUAGAUUGUUGUAAAACAGAAAGUAUCGAUAAAUUUGAAGUUGGUGUCUUUACGGGUAACUACGUCACAGGUGUCGAGGACGGCUAUUUACAUGAAUUAGAGAGGGUUCGUGCCUUGAACCAGUCCAACAAGACCGAUGUCAAAUCUGAAGUUGACAUCGGUUUAUAUAAUGCAGCCGACUACUAA